AUGAUGGCUUACUACAGUGACAAUGAGAAUGAUCUGUUCUUUCAGACUGAUGGCCCACAACAGACUAAGUGCUCCUUCCAAGACCUGGACCUCAUCCCCCUGGGAGAUGGGGGCAUCCAGCUGAAAGUCUCCCACCAGCUCUACAACACGAGUUUCAGGCGGGCCGUGUCGGUCGUCAUUGCAAUGGAGAAGCUGAGGAAAGUGCCCAUGGUCUUCCCCCAGGACCUCCAGGAUGAUGACCUACGGAGCCUCUUCUUCUUCAUCUUUAAAGAAGAAUCCAUCGACUGCCUGUGGGAUGACAGUUACCAGAGUGAUGCAUCCCUACAGUCACUGAGCUGCAGGCUCCAGGACAUAAAUCAAAAAUCCCUGGUGCUGGCUGGACCACAUGAACUGCAAGCUCUUCACCUGAAUGGACAGAAUGUGAACCAAGAAGUGGUGUUCUGCAUGAGCUUCGUGCCAGGAGACGAGAAUAUCGACAAGAUACCUGUAGCCUUGGGCAUCAAGGAAAAGAACCUGUACCUGUCUUGUGUGGUGAAGGACAAGAAGCCCACCCUGCAGCUGGAGACAUUUGACCCCCACGGUCAGUCAAAGAAGAAGAUAGACAGGCGGUUUAUCUUCAACAAGAAAGAAAUCAGGGACAAGGUAGAAUUUGAGUCUGCCCUGUACCCCAACUGGUACAUCAGCACCUCGCAAGAGGAACAGAUGCCCGUCUUCCUGGGAAGUACAAAAGGUGGCCGGGAUAUAACUGACUUCACCAUGGAAAUCCUGACUCGCUGA